AUGGCGUCGGAACUACAGCCGCCCAGCGAUCGCAAGCGGGUUAAGGUUUAUGAACUAAAGGAGAAUGACUGGUUCGAUCGAGGAACAGGGUUUUGCACUGGCCAGAUCCUCAAUGAUGAACCGCGAAUAUUUGUCGAGUCGGAGGAUACACCCGACCGUGUGCUCCUGGAGACGAAAAUCUCCAAAGAUGGUGGGUACCAGAAGCAGCAAGACACCUUGAUCGUGUGGACGGAGCCAAACCAGACGGAUAUGGCGUUGAGCUUCCAGGAAGCAGAAGGAUGCGCAUUGAUAUGGAACUUCGUCAAUUCCGUUCAGCAACACCUUCUCAAUAUGGCCGCAGGUGAUGACGCCCUAUCCGAAGACCUCGAGAGCAUGCAUCCAAUUACCUUACCUGCGCCCGAACUCGUGAACCUCCCCGAUAUCGAUCAUCUCAUGAGAGCCGCGAGCAUGGCUCAGACCGGCCGCGAUGCGCUGUCCAAAUGCGUCAUCAGAGACGAAUACAUACAGAAGCUCCUUCCGCUGGUCACAGUCGCCGAAGACCUGGAAAGCCUCUCGGACUUGCACCGCCUCUGCAACAUCAUGAAAUCCCUUAUCCUUCUUAAUGACACCACCAUCAUUGAAACAGUCGUCACGGACUCUGUCAUACUUGGAGUUGUUGGAGCAUUAGAAUAUGACCCCGAAUUUCCCACUCAUAAAGCGAACCAUCGCCUGUACUUGUCCGACAAAUCACGCUUUAAGGAAGUUGUUCCGAUCAGGGACCAGUCCAUUCGGCGCAAGAUCCGCUACACUUGGCGGUUGCAAUAUCUCAAAGAUGUCGUUCUUGCUCGGAUUCUUGACGACCCUACCUUUUCCGUCCUCAACUCGAUGAUCUUCUACAACCAGGUCGACAUUGUGAACCAUAUCCAGUCGGACGCCUCUUUCUUAAAGGAGCUAUUCUCGGUCUUUGAUCCGAGAAGCGCAGAUGCAAAGCGCAAGGAGGAUGCCGUCCAGUUCCUGCACCAAUGCGCAUCAAUCGCGAAGAACUUGCAGGGUCCGGAACGCGCCACCCUUUACGCGAACCUCAUCAACAAUGGCCUUUUCGCUGUAAUCGCUUUCGCCAUCAAGCACCCAAACCCGGCGAUUCGGACAACGGGAAUUGACAUCCUGGUAGCGCUCCUCGAUCACGACCCUAUCAUGAUGCGCAGCUACAUGCUCAAGGCUGUCAACGAGAAAAAGACGCCCCUUACAGAUACCUUAAUCGACUUGCUGCAUACGGAGGUCGAUCUUGGCGUGAAGAACCAACUCGCAGAUGCGAUCAAGGUCCUGCUCGACCCGCAGGUUCCCAUCCAGGCCGCGAUGGCCCGGGCUGGUCCCGAGGCUGCGAAAGUGCGGCCCAACAUGCUUCCGGAUGCCUUCGUCCAAAAUCAUUUCGACGAGUCUUCAAGGAGACUGUUUGCGCCGUUAAAACGUCUUGAAGAUCAAUCUAAUCUUCAUGGUUUGACUUUUCAGGCCGUAGCCCUAUACUCCCAUCUUGUGGAUAUCCUCACAUUCUUCGUCCGCCAACACCUCUACCGAUGCCGCAAUGUCAUUCAGAACGAGCGGCUUGCUGCUCACAUCACCCAAUUACUCCGGGUGCCGCAAAAACACCUCAAACUAACUGCUUUGAAAUUCUUCAGGACUCUGCUUAGCCUUCAAGAUACCUUUUACCAAGCUUUGAUGACGCACAAUGAUACCUUUGGGCUCAUUCUUGACAUUGUUUACGAGACCAUGCCCCGCGAUAACCUGCUCAACUCUGCCUGCCUUGAACUUUUCGAAUUCAUCAAGCGAGAGCAUAUCAAACCGAUAACUCUUCAUGUGGUCGGCAAAUAUGGCGACAAACUGAGGAAUAUCACCUAUGUCGACACGUUCCAGGGAUUGAUACUUCACUACGAACAGCUCCAGGGCUACAGCGAGGAAGCCGACUCAACGCUAUACUCCCAAGAAGAGGCCACACCUGUUCUGAAAAUGCCACCGAGUGGGCGUUGGCAGGGCGUGAAGGAAAUGGAUCCUGCAGAGGAAGAGUAUUUCAACACGUCGGAUGACGAGGAGGAGUGGCAACAAGAUAACCAGACCACGGGAACGCUCAUUUCAAAGGUACCAAAUGGCGCCGCCUCACCGUCUGUGAAAUCCCUGGUGGACUAUCCGGACGACGACGAAGAAGACGCCGACGCUAUGGAUACGAAACCCGAACCAGAGGGAGAUACCAAACAGCAGAAACCUGACGACACCUCUAACGAAGAUGCACCCGCUGAUCCAGUCCCGGAACAGCCCUCAACACCAGUUUCACAAGUCGUGCAAACGCCACCCGAGAGGUUAUCGGAGAAACGCCGGCGCGAGGAAGAGGACGACGACGAGCUCGUCAAGCUCACCUCUGGCCCGAAACGAAGAAGUUCAACGAGCAGCUCAACAGGGAGCGCCGGGUUCCUACGGAAGAAGCGAAGCGGCUCCAUUGGCUCAGUAUCACUUGGCGAUAAAGCUGCAUCAUCGCAAGGCACACCGGGCAUGGCCAACGCAGCUCCAAAGCGGAUCGCUAUCAACCUUAGCUCCUCGGUCAAGGUCGCAGAGCCUCGAGACACACCUCCGAACACUGUCACGAAUGCGGCUGGGAAGGAGAGCGAGAAGGAGAACCAGAAGAGCGGCGAUAGCGGCGAGGGCUGA